CAGCACUUUUAACAAACCCGAGUGACUAAGAGAAAAACAUGGUUUAAAACAGCUUGUUAGGGCUAAUUUUAAGCAUUUAUGGAAAACAUUGCAUUGAAUGUUAAUCUUUUUAUUGUAGUUGUUAGCUAUAGUCACAGCAGACUAGAAAUAAAAUGUGUAAAAGGCUUUAAAAUAAAUGUGACCUUUACUGCAGUUGAAUAAUAUCAGAAAAAGGUUGCCACUGUUCUUUAUCAGUGAGCCUUCAUUAAAAUCCGCAUCAUUUUGUGUAGUGGAGUGAUAAACACUGGUCCUCAUCCAACCUCAUUUCCACAGUUACAGAUUAAAAGUUUUAAUUAUUACUCUGACUGUAGACAUGGACACAUUCACAAAAGUUGGCAGUUUCUUAUGAAAACACAUUUCUUUCUAGCUUGGCAUACACUGUGUGUUUUCUUAGUUAUACAGGACUUGUCAAGUGUAAGCUCUUACAUUUUUCAUAAAAAUAUUUAAAUCCUUUUUAAUGAACAAGAACUGCCAGGGAUUCCAAUAAGUGUGGCACCACAGAUUCUGCCUACACUUUUUUGCCCUAUCCAGUAAGAUAUUUGUAGUUUUAUUAGUGUCAGCUUUUACUACUUCAACCAAAGAUCAACUUACCAGAGAUUGAAAUAAACACACCGAGUGUUAUAUAAUUUUAGCCCUGUUCUCUAAAAAAGUACUUGUGCAAAACUGCACGAAUUGUUGCUCUGGUGUUUUUGACUCAAAUUACAAGUGUCUUUUAUACAAUACCUAAAAUAUAUUCCCUACAAAAAUUAAUCAUACUUAAUUGGAAAUGCCAAUAAAGCAAAAGAAAAAAACCUGCUGUCGACUAUGAACAAUUUUUUUUUAUAUCUUCAUCUUUUUUAAACUAUGACAUCAUUUAUUGUUCUUUGUAAAGCUAUGCUCCAACAACGGUUACUCUUACAUUGUGUGUGUGUGUGUGUGUGCAUUGUGAACAUGUCUAUUCAGAAUAUAAACACUACAGAGACUUCCUGUCUGAGCACCAAACAGAGGGCUGCUUCAGAAUUUGAGGAAGAAAAGUGGGAAGGCAGGGACACUGAGAGAGACCAGAGACUAAAAAUGAUGCUAAAACAAGAGGGAACAGAGGAAAAGCAGAAAAUAGCAGUAAAAUGAGUGAGACUCAAAUCAAGAAUCUAAGGCAGAAGCAUAUUGGGAAUUUUUAUUUGCUAAGAAGGGAUACAGUAAGAGAUGACCAUGUAAGAAAAUAGAAAUUAUAUUUCUUUAUGCUUGAUUUUUAUGGGGAGAUACUUUUUAUUGCCUCCUUGCAGGAUGAGUCAAAAUCCUGAUAAGUUGUUUGACUUGAUGUCAAAUUCAGUCUGAAAGGCUGAGCUAUUUAAGACAUGAUUGGUGUUGAACUGAGAAUGGUGCUUCCUUGGACAUUGAGGAAGGAUUUUUGGCUUUCGAGGAAAGGACAACUUUAUUAGGACAAAGUUUUGAAGAGCCCAUAGGUAGUCCGUCGUUUUUAAAAACCCCUGGUAAGUUAACAUCAACAUGGAUGAUCUCAUUAAGUAUGAAAGUUGCAUUGUGUUUUUUAACAGGAAAUUUACCCAGUGACAAGUUGGAUGUUAAAUGUAAAUCACAGAAAGGAAAUGUUCAGUUUACCUGAAAGCGUCUUGUUGAAGCAAUAAUCAACAAUACAUUAGAUCAGCGCGAGAUUUCUGUGCCACCAUCUCACCCUUUGUUUGUCUUCCUCUCAGUAUUUUUCUGUCUCUCAGGCAGUUAGUACAAUCAUCCAAACAGGACUCCUACACUGCUGGAGUUUAUUUGGACAAUGUUGUUUUCAAUCUGCCUCUAGGCCUUUUGUUUUCCUCUCAGUAUCAUUUGACAAUUACCUACAAUUAAGGAUGCAAUAUGUGCAGUAUAACCUGAUCUAUGUAGUUCGAAUCAAAUUUAUGUUCCCCCCAGGUUCAAAAUUACUAACACAAACUCUAAAAUGUUCAUAGACCACCAGUUGGUUUUGCAAAUGCAAACAAUAACAAACAUUUAAACUUCAGCAUUUUUAUGUGGUCUUGCUACUAUCACAAACUCAGUGAAAUUAGAUAAAUGACCAUUUCUGGUUUCAUAGAUCUUUUAUUUAUCUGUUUUUGUGAUCUCACAACUGUAUUCAAUUCUCAAAAUGGGCUAUUAUUUGUCAUUUACUCAGAAUUUCCUGUGUUUCACUAAUCUUCUUUGAAAGGCCAAAAUAAUGGAGAGCUGCAAACCUUUUCUUUGCUUGUCACUCAUCUCUGUAUAGCCUUUGUUUUUUGCAGUUGUUUGCCAUUUCUCUGUGUCCCAGGACCUCCUUCCUAAGCUACUCAACUCAGCUGGAGAGUCAAACUGUUUUUCAGACUACCAGGCUCCUGUGGGAACACUCAGUCCUUUAGAAAUAAGUUCAUACCCUUUCCUGAUUUGUACCUUCCCACAAUGUCAUUGUGAAGGAUGGAGAGGUAUCUUGACCUUUUUAUUGGGUAUUUUGCAACAGGUCUGUGCGUCUCUAUAAAAGAACCAGUCAAUUAUGUUUCUCAGGUUAUAUACUGUAAGUAACAGAUUGUAGAGCAGACAAAAUGUAUCUGAAGAGUUUGGUUUAGGCCCCAUAUGAAAUUUAAUUGUUGCAUCAAUAUAUAAUCACAUAAAUAAAGUCACUACUUAUACCAUAGCUUAUCUACAGCAACUUGAAUGAAUACUCACGCCCCUCAAACUUUUUUAUGUUUCUUGACAUAACAAUCACAAAGUUCAAUAUUUUAUUAUUUGAUACUUUGUGGUAAACCAGCAUAAAGUACUUCAUAAUUGUGUGGACUGUAUGGCGAGACUAUUUUUUUUUUUCACCUAUUCUUCCUUACAAAAUAACUGACACCAAGUAAGUUUGGAAGAAGAGCAUCUGUGUACAUCAGUGUUCAAGUUCACAGAUAUUAAACUGGAUUUAGAUCUGAACUCAUGAAUAUGCUUUGAUCUAAACUACUUCAUCAUUCAUAACUCUAUUUUGAAGAGAUACAUUCCUGUAGUAUGAUGCUGACACCACAAUGUUCUUCAGCGUCAUUUUAAAGAAUGUCCAUCUUCCUCAUGAUAACUGUCCCCCCAACAUGUGUUUACCAAACUGCAAGCAGGACUUCUCCUAGCUUUCUUUCGACGAUGCUCCUCUUCUCGGCAUUAUAAGAUAAAGGCCAGACUUCAGAAGAUGUUACUGUAAGAGUCCCAUUCAUUUCCUUCAUUGGUGCUACUGUACUGUAGCUGGGCUCGUUUUCGUCCUGAUAAUGAAUCACAUUAUUCAUGGCUCACCCUCAGUUGAGCAUAUUAUUCUCAUUAGUCUGAGUAAACCAUCAGCUGGUGAUAUUUUGCUGAUUAUUGUGUAAUGAGAAUACAAAAGCUAAUCACACUCUGCCCUCUCUUGGAUUCGCACGAGCAAUUAAACCGCAUUAGUCAUGCAGGAACACGUGACACGCUGGCCUUCUCCUGGGAUUUUGUUAUUCUUAGAGAAAUUAGAAUUAAUACAAAAUGUUGUGUUUAUUUUUCCAUGUCAUGGCAGAUUUUCUGCUAGAAUGUCUUUCUAUUUGAAAUUGAUGACUAGAAUUUCAGGGAUUUUAUCAUCAAACUGAAACUGCUAAAUGUGUUUAUGUUGCAUGUUGACAUAAGCUGUCCCUUUUGUCUUGCUUUAAAUAAGCCAUCAUUAUUAUUGUUGGAUGAUUUAUUCUGUACUCUGACUUUAUAAAAUAUUGUCUGACACAAUUGGAAUCACGGCAUAAAAAACAAGUUGAGAAGACGUUUUAUGUUGAUAGUAAAAUUGUUCUGGAAGUUGCACAAGCCACAUCAAUGACUCUUUCCACUGAAUUAUUGCAAACUAACAGCUUAGCUAAUCAAAUUAUAUCGCACAAACCAGGAAGCUAUAAAUACCCUGUCAACACAAAAACAAUUUCUACUCAAUUGCAUUUAGUUUAUUUCAGCUGUGAGAACCAUUUACCAUCUUUCCUCGAGGAAAAUAAACACACACAGUCCAACUUGAGAUUCACAACGCUUACAGAGUUGCAGAGGUAGGUGUUUAUGAGUCACUGUAAGUGAGAUAAAAACUACACAAAUUUAAUAAUCAGGGUUUUUUAUAUGAGUUAAAGAAUAUACUGUUUGUCUUUCUGAUGAGAAAAUGGAAAUGCACAUGCCAAUGGCCCAUGAGAGAGUAUUUCUACUGGCAGUAAAUGGUAUAUUUAUUUUAUAAAUAGUUGCACCAAAUAGCUCAGAUAUUGGUUUUAAAGUGGUUCUGUCAGUGCGGUUGUGCCAACAACAACAAGCAUGCUGAGGUCAAACAGAGAGAGGACACGUCAAGGCAGAGGUAUGUAGAAAAAGCUAUUCCUGCUCUGAUCCGCAUCUUCAGACACUGAAUUCAAAAUCAAAAGUAUUCAAAGCUCACAAAAGUGGCUUGCAAAAGUAUUCAAAGCUCUUGAUUUUUUUUUCUCAUUUUUCACAUUAAAACUACAAACUUGUUAAAUUUGGUUUCUAUACGAUAGAUUCAAAUUGUGAAGUCGAAGGAAAACCAGACAAUGAUUACAAUGUGUUUUUACAGAUAAAAAAAUUGACAAGAGCGCUGUACAUUUGUGUUCAGCCUUACUGAGCCAAUACGCAGCAGAAUCACCUACAAUUGUAAGCCUUAUGGGGGUUUAACUCUACCAGCUUUGCACAUUAAGAUUUAUUUUUGUAUUUUUUGCAAUUUAGCAAUAAUUAAGUAAUGCUGGAUACAGAGCAAGUGUGAACCUAAACUUUCAAGACUCCUUGUUGAAUUUAGAAUCAAAACAAGCAAACAAUACUGUAGGGAACAGUUUCAUUGAAAGAGCAGCAAUUUCAGGAUAAAAAAUCAGCUUAAUUACUUUUGUUGUAAGUGUUUGAAGUUUUUACUGUCAUGCUUGAAGAUGAGGGGAAAACGUAACACAACAAUGGUGAGUAACAACUGAGACUUUGGGUCCACUACUUAGAGGAAUAUUAGAAAAUGAUUGAAAUUGUAUAAAAAGACAUGCAUGUUGAUAUUUUAAUGUGUGUUUUAAUGUGUGUUCUUCUCUCUUACAGUGCCACUUUUUGUCUGAGUUGCCAGUAUCUCCAUUAUCAACUUAACCUUGUCUUUACGCGGUUAAUGUGGGUCACCGCCAACAUGAUGAACUACAAUAAUACUGAAUCCUGCCUUUCUAUCAACACCUCAUUUUCCACCCUGCCUAUAACAAACACCCCAGCUAACAGGAGUGGCAUGGGAGCAUAUCUUGAAAAACUGGCCCAUUUAGACGAAGGACUGUACAAUGAUUUCUAUGGCCUCUGGAUUGCACUGAUCGUCAUAAACUCUGUCAUAUUCCUGAUGGGCAUGGUGCUCAACACAGUUGCACUUUACGUUUUUUGUUACCGUACAAAACAGAAGACCACCUCAGUGAUCUACACCAUCAACCUGGCAGUGACGGACCUCUUGGUGAAUCUAUCUCUGCCAACCCGCAUCUCGCUCUACUACAGCGGUGGAGCUUGCCUCACCUGCUCCUACAUGCACAUAUUCAGCUACUUUGUAAACAUGUACUGCAGCAUCUUAUUUUUAACCUGCAUAUGUGUCGACCGUUACCUUGCCAUUGUGCAGGUUGAAGCUUCACGUCGUUGGAGGAACUCCAGCGUAGCCAAGCUGGUCUGCAUUACCGUCUGGCUGUUUGCCAUCGUGGUCACAUACUCCUUUCUCUCCACUGCAUUCCAGCACACAGGCUGCUGCAUCUCACAGCUCCUCUUUCUCACAAUCACUGAGUUCUUUUUACCCCUCAUCGUCAUUUUGGUUUUCACUCUUCGCAUUAUGUGGGCCCUGACAGACCAUCGACUCAUGCAGCAGAGCAGGAAGCGGAGGAGAAGAGCAGUCCAGCUGCUGACUACUGUGCUGAUCAUCUUCACAGUCUGCUUCACUCCCUUCCACAUCAGACAAGUUUUAUUGUAUUUCUACCCUGACAUGCCCCAUCAAGUGAUCGUGUACCACUUAACCGUCACUCUAAGUAGCAUGAACAGCUGUAUGGAUCCAGUUGUCUACUGCUUUGUAACAAAUAAUUUUAAGGCUACAAUGAAACACAUUUUCCGUCGUGCCGAGCCAGAGCAGACCAGUGGUGACAUUGUCAGUAUGCAGCACAGCUCCAAGGCCUCUGGGGGAACAGUUAGCGCCAUCACCAAUAACAGGAUCAUGAUGACCAGGAUUCCCAGCAUACGACUGAGAGACAUUUUGGAUAACAAUCAUACUCAAUGAAACUGUGCUAGCAAGAGGUGCUUGGUUUUACAUUUGACAGAGAUAAAUAGUUUCUUAAAACAUCUGAUCAUUAAAAAAUGCUUUCCCGUGUAACGACCGUGUAUCUUCACUUAUAGUCAAGAUAUAAGUUUUUAAUAUGAGCUCUACAGCAAAAAGAAAUAUAUGUGGGUGUGACCAAUUAUGGGCAAUGACAAGAGACAGAUUUUGUUUGCAACCAACUUUCAUCAUGCAGAGCCAUCGUCAUCACUCUGUUUUCAUCUGGUGAUGUUGCUUCUCAGAAGACUAAUAAAGGACCUUUGUAUCAUUGCUUGAAUGAGUUAAAGGAUAUACAAUGAAGUCUCAUUGAAGCUUCUUCAGAUAUAAUGAAAUGU